AAAGCAGUUGUGCUGCAUAUGUCCUUCUAUGCACAACUACCAGUCUUCACACCCUUUGCUAUCAGUAUAUUAGUCCUCGAGUGCUUUUAAUAUUGUCCAAAAGCUUUUACCUCCGUUGUUUCUUCACUAAAUUCCUAUUGGUAACUCUGUGAUCCUUCAGUAUCUUUACUCUUAUUCCCUAUGGCUGACACUGAACAUUCUUCUUCUGAUGAAACUUCUGUGGAUUCUAGAGAGGAAACAAGUCAGGAAUCAAAGCUUGAAUUCUCUGAGGAUGAGGAGACGCUUAUAAUUAGGAUGUUCAAUCUAGUUGGAGAGAGGUGGUCUCUAAUUGCUGGAAGGAUUCCAGGAAGAACAGCUGAGGAAAUAGAGAAGUAUUGGAACACUAGAUGCUCUACGAGUGAAUGAAGGCAUAGCUUAAGCUUUCUUACUUCUGCUAUAGCGAAUUGUGCUUCUGUCAUUCAUGAGCAGAAGAUGAAAGGUUAAGCUGGUUCUGUAGCUGUGCUGUGUUUCAUGAAGGGUUAUUGCAAUCAUUUAUUAGCUGCUAUACCUUAAAUGAGGAUAAUGUUCCUUGUGAAUAUCCCAUGUCUCUAUGCUUUUCUUCUUGUCUUUUCCGAAUCUAUGUAUCUCUUGUGCUCCAAUACGUUUUCAUGUAUCAAAUAUUGUUGCAAGAAGUGGCUUGAGAUUCAUUGGCCAUUUCUUGUGUCCAUGUAAUUGGCAGCCAAGACUUUAUUCGUCCCCUGUGCUUAUCCAAAAGAUCUCCUUUUCAGAG